AUGAAUGAGCAGCUAAGGGUUUGGGCUCGUGCAGCAGAACAAAACGAAGCCAGCAACAGCAGCAGCAGCAGCAGCAGCAGCACGAGUGCUACUGCUACUGCUACCAUCAGCAGCCGCAGGAGCAGCAGAUUAGCAGCAUUAAGACAAACAGCAGAAGCAGCAGCAGCAGCAGCAGCAGAUGCAGCAAUUAUUCCCCUUAAGGAAUGCUAUAAGUUCUGUCUGUUGCUGCAGCAAGAUCCCUUUUUAAUUGGUUUGUCCUUGUCUGCUGCUGCUGCUGCUGAACUUGAGGUGUAUGCGCAGCUCUGUGGGGAAAAAACAGGAGGAGGAGCAGCAGCAGGUGCAGCAGCAGCAGCAGCAGCAGUUCCCCCACUGACAAAGAUCGGUGCGACGGGACUAGCAGGAGCAGCAGCAAAGACUCGACCAGCAGCAGUUGCUGCAACAGAGCAGCAGCAGCAGCAGCAAAACAGGGAAGCAGCAGCAGCAGAAACACUGCAGCAGCAGCAGCAGCAGCAGCAAGGUGUAGCCUUUAAGGACUUUAAGAAUUGGCUGCUGCAGCAGCAAUGGCAGCAAAGAUCAUCGCAAGAUAUACGAGCAGCAGCAGACUGUCUGUACACCCGAGCGCAGCGGCUGCAGCAGCAGCAACAACAGCAGCAACUGCAGCAGCAACAGCAACAACUGCAGCAACAACAGCAGCAGCAACAGCAACCGCAGCAACAACAACAACUAUCGCAACAGCAGCAGCAGCAACUGCAGCAACUGCAGCAACUGCAGCAGCAGGCCCUCGCUGCAGCUACGCAGGCCAUCCGACUGACAGCACUCGCUGAUGCAGCGGAGGCGGCAGAGGCAGCAAGGACUCAGUAA